AAUUAACCCUCCAUCUCUCGAACCCUCGGCUCAAGCUGUCGUAUCCAGGUUUUUCUCUGUAAAACUCUGCGUCGUUCUCAAGCAGGGCGGAGAAAAGUUGGUGUUUUUGCAGUUUACCGGCGGCAGAAUCGAACGUUAUGGGGAUGGAUCCCGACGCGGUGGCUAAGGCAUUUGUCGAUCAUUAUUACUCCACCUUCGACGCCAAUCGAGGCGGUCUUGCUAAUCUCUACCAGGACAAUUCCAUGUUGACGUUUGAAGGUCAGAAGAUCCAAGGCUCGCAGAAUAUUGUCGCCAAGCUCACUAGCCUUCCCUUCCAGCAGUGCCAACACUCCGUUAGCACUGUCGAUUGCCAGCCUUCUGGCCCUAGCGGUGGCGUGCUCGUCUUCGUCAGCGGCAAUCUUCAACUCGCCGGAGAACAGCAUGCUCUCAAAUUCAGUCAGAUGUUCCAUUUGAUGCCAACCCCACAGGGAAGCUUCUAUGUGCUGAAUGACAUUUUCCGAUUGAACUAUGCCUGAAGUUGAGAUUAGUUCAUGGCAUUGGGAGGCCUGAAAUGUGAGGUUAUUCAACCAGUUUGUUAAUCACCCUUCAGUUUUUUUAGACAUUUUAAAUUGGAACUUGGAUUAUAUCUUAUCGUGCUUAUGCUUCAAAUUGUGUGCCUAUGCAAGGUUGAAUUUCUUGGUUGUCAUUGAGAAUUGAUGAAGUAGAUUACUUUGUUCAAAUUCUAGUGAUUUGCUCAAUACUCUUCGAAUUCAAGUGA